AUGCGGCCGGAGCUGAGGCGUAGUCUUGUCCACGAACACGACACGUUCCUAGGAUAUAGGAUGUUAUCCAUCCUCACGGCAGAUAUAAACUCAGCAGCUGAACAGAUUCCUGUCAUGGCUCAUCCUGUCGGCUGUUAUCAUUCAGACCAUACAGACCACGAGCUCCCUUGCACUACGGUUAUGGCGACAAAACCAUCGACAGCCCGAAAGGAAGCAUAUAGAUGGCGACGGUGGCUUGACCAUCUGAGCGAGUCUCCAAGCUCGACCAACCACGCCAUCCAGAGCCGUUACGUUGAUAUGCUGCUAGAGACGGAGAGAAUACCCAUACUGCAUAAUCUGAUUGCAUCCAGCUGUACCUGGCUUCUCCUAGCGGGAUUCUUGGUCUUCCCAGGCACAUUUUCUACGCUGCAAGACACCGCGCUGGUUGAUGGAUUGAAGGGCCGGAGACGGGAUAAUGAGAUGAUAUCUGAUGCUAUCGAGAACCCCCCUCUCCUUGGCCUAGCCGUAGCGUCAUGCGCCCUCGGUACCGCUGGCUGCGGCUGGCUUUGGUGGAGGUGGCGGUCGAAUCUCAUCUGGCCGACGCGCCAGAUUUUCCUGUAG